AUGGCUGUCGUUAAAGAACUGCUCCUGGAUACUUUAAGAGAGCUGGUUGAUGAAGAACUCAGGACGUUUCAGUGGUUUCUUUACAGCUCCGAUUUUAAAGGGUAUGGUCAUAUUCCAAGGUCUCGGGUUGAUGGGUUAGAUCGGGAGGGUACAGUGGACCUCUUGGUGCAGAGUUAUAGUUACCAUGAAGCUGUUACUGUCUCUGUGAACAUCCUGGAAAAGAUGAGACAAAAACUGUGGGCAGAAAAACUAAAAGAAAAUUAUAACCAAGUUCCAAGUAAUCAAGCAAGCAAAGAAAGUGACUUCCAAGACAUACAAGAGAGACUGAAAUCCUCAUUAAAGGAAAAGUGCCAAAACAUCUACGAGGGAAAUGCAGAUGAAGGGGACACCAUCUACCUGAAAAAAAUCUACACGGAACUGAAAGUGAUUGAAGGAGCCUGGGGGGGGCUAAGCGAUGAGCGUGAGGCCAGACAACAAAAGUCCAAGCACAUGGUGGCAGAGGAAGUUAUAAAAGUGAGCUGCCUUUUCAAACCCAAUCAAGAAAAGCGAAUCAGAACAGUGCUUACCCAGGGUAUACCAGGAAUGGGUAAAACUGUCUGCGCACAAAAGUUUACACUGAGCUGGGCCGAAGGAGAGGAAAACCAGGACAUCACCUUACUCUUCCCACUUCCUUUCAGAGAUUUAAAUCCCAACAUUGGAGAGAAGGACUGUACGCUGAUGCAGCUUCUCCAUCAGUUUUUCCCUGAGAUAAAACCUCUCGAGAAGCUAGGACAGGAAAGGAAAGUCCUCUUCAUCUUUGAUGGCCUCGACGAGACUCUUCUCCCUCUGAACUUCAAGCAUAACAAAGUUUUGAGAGAUGAGGCGGAGCCAGCCUCGCUUGAUGUGUUGAUUACAAACCUCAUCGCAGGGGACUUGCUUGGUAACGCACUUGUCUGGAUCACUUCCAGGCCUGCCGCAGCUAGUCGGAUCCCUCGAAAGCACAUUGACCGAUGGACGGAGGUAAAGGGUUUCACUAAUGAUCAAUGGGAAGAGUACUUUAGAAAGCGUUUGGAUGACAAAAACUUCUAUACCAAAAUCAUCAAUCAUGUGAGGUCAUCAAGAAGCCUUUGCAUCAUGUGUCAAAUACCUAUUUUUUGCUGGAUUACUGUUACAUUGUUGAAGAAAAUGCUACGUGACAAUGCGACCCAAAGUAUGCCCAACACCCUGACCGAGAUGUACAUUUACCUCCUUCUCUGCCAGACAGACCGCGCGACUGAAAGGCAUUAUCCCAUGAAAGGCAACAAUUUCUGUUUGAAGCUAGCAGAGCUUGCAUUCCGUCAUCUGGAAAAAGGUAAACUCAUCUUCUACGAGGCUGACCUGCAGGAGUGUGGAAUGGAUGUCAACGAGGCGACCACCUACUCAGGUUUUUGCACAGAGGUCUUCAAAAUGGAAGAAGGAAGGAGACGAAAAGUUUUUAGCUUCGUACACUUGACCAUUCAAGAGUUUCUGGCAGCCGUGUAUGUCCAUUAUUCAUACAUGCAAAACAAGGACAACGUUCUUCUAACUUCCCUAGAAAGAGUGUCUGCGAGACCGAAGGAAUCUGUUUUUAAUUUUCAUAAAGCUGCCAUCGAAAAAGCUGUGAGAAGUCCGGAUGGCCAUUGGGACCUGUUUCUUCGCUUCCUUCUGGGACUUUCGCUGAAGUCCAACCAGGAGCUCAUCUACAAAGUGCUGCACUUGGAGGUUGAAGGAGAGGCAGAUGUCUUUAGAACCAUACAAUUUAUUAAAGAGAAGAUUGACAAAGAACCUGAAUGCACGCUCAACUUGUUCCACUGUCUGGGCGAGCUCAAGGAGGAGUCUCUGGUGCAAGAGAUCCAGAGCUUUGUAAGCUCUGGCAGGAUCUCAGCCCAAACUCUAUCACCAGCUCAGUGGUCCGCUCUAACGUUUGAGCUGAUGACAUCAGAGACAGUCGAAGAAGCGUUUGAUCUGAAGAAGUAUAUAAGAUCAGAGGAGGGGGUGGCAAAGCUAUUGAAUGUCAUAACUUCCUCCACACGAGCUUUGCUAAAUUGUUGCAAACUCACUGAAAACUGCUGUGAACUGCUAGCCUCUGCGCUGAGCUCGACGUCCUCUGAUUUGACUGCCCUGGACCUGAGUGACAACAAGCUGAAGGAUUCUGGGGUGGCCCUGCUUUCUGUUGGCCUGACGAGUCCGCACUGCAAGCUGAAGAGUUUAAGAUUGCAUAAGUGUGGAUUGAAGGGGGGAUGCUGUGAGGCUCUAGCUGUUGCUGUCAGCUCAGAAUCAACACAGCUAAAAGAGCUGGACCUGAGCGGGAAUGACUUCCAGGGAACAGCAGUGAAGGCCCUGAGUGUUGGACUGAGCAGCCGCCACUGUAAGCUGGAAACACUGAGAGUGAAUCAGUGCAAGCUGAGAGAGAGUUCCUGCGAGUCUUUGGCUUCAGUUUGGCUCUCAGGUCCGUCUCGGCUGAAAUCUCUUGACCUGAGUACCAACAACGUGAAGGACGCUGGUGUGUCUCUGCUUACUGCUGGUCUGACGAGUCCACACUGUGAACUAGAAACACUCAGACUCAGCUGGUGUAGCCUGACCCAGAAAUCCUGCAGUCACAUCGGCUCAGCACUCAGCUCAGCUUCUGGUAAGCUCAGGGAGCUGGACUUGAGUGGAAACAGUCUGCAGGGUCCAGGUUUUGAGCUGCUGUGCUCUGGACUCAAAAAUCAGCACUGCAAACUGGAAAUUUUAAGAUUAAACGAUUGCAAUCUCCAAGAAUGCUGUGCUGAUAUUGCUUUAGUCCUGAGCACCAAGAAGUCUCAGCUGAAGGAGUUGGAUCUGAGUGGGAAUGAUCUGGAGGAUUUGGAGGUGGAGCUGCUCUCAGCUGGAUUAGGAAAUCCACACUGUACUCUGGAAACUUUGGGGUUGUCAUUCUGCGGCAUCACAGUUAAAGGCUGCACUCAUCUGGCUUCAGCACUGAGCUCGUCCCAUCUGAGGCAGCUGGACCUCAGCUACAACUACCUGCAGGACUCUGGAGUGAAGCUGAUAUCUGCUCAUCUGGACGAUACUCUCUGUAAACUGCAACAGCUCAGGGCAGAUCCAAAUGCAGAGUGUUUCCUGAAAUCAAAGCUGAAAAACUAUUCCUGCACCUUGACAUUCAACACAAACACAGCUGCCAAGUCUCUGUUUCUGCAUGAUGGGGGGAAGCAGGUUACAUGGGUCAGAGAGAUCCAGCCGUACCCCAAUCACCCCGAGAGGUUUGAAAGUGUCUCCCAGGUCCUUUGUCAGCAAGCCCUCACCCAGUGCCACUACUGGGAAGUGGAGUGGCGUGGGCGCUGGGUGGACAUCGCCGUCGCCAUGAGUGGAAUUCGCCGCAGGGCGAGUUCUCACAUCUGUGCGUAUGGCAAAACUGAUCAGUCCUGGUGUCUGUUCUGUACUGAGGAUUAUUACAGCGUUCAGCACGACAACCAGUCUGUGGAAAUCCCUUCCCCUCCAUCUCGCUCACAGAGGGUUGGAGUUUACCUGGACUGGCCGGGUGGAACCCUGUCGUUCUACAGUGUGCUCUCUGGGAGCCUCAGACACCUUCAUACCGUCUACAACAACUUCUCUGAGCCACUCUACCCCGGCUUUGGGAUGGAGGAGGAUGACUGCUCGGUCAUUCUUUGCACAAUACUGGGAGAUCCUCGCCUAAACACAGAGGAAAAGUCUGAGAUUGACCCCUCUGAGUACCUGUCCUCAGAGGGACCUACGUCCUCGGUCGCUUCCAUUGUCCCUGUGCUGGCAGCUCCUCCUGUGGUCUCCAUGCUAGCCACUGCUGCUUCUCUUCUGGUUCCUGUUUCUGCCACCGCUGCCACCCAUCCCGAGGUCAACGCGUCAGCCGCCGCUUUUCCUGUGGCUCCUGCAUCAGCAGCUGCUGCCGCCCCUGUGGUUUCUGCAGCUGCUGCCACUCCUGUGGUUCCUGCACCAGCUGCCGCUGUCGCUCCUCUGUCAAACGCAGCUGCCGCUCUUGUGGUCACCACGUUGUCUGCCUGCCCUGCUCCUCGCCACCAUAGAAGAAAAGGCCAAUGUGGCUCUCCAGCCCUCUCCCUGCAUAAGUUGGACAACUCUGCCUCUGAGGUCCCCAGCGCUGAUCCGGCUCUCCUGUUCUCGAUGCCCGCUUCGGCUACCCCGGACUCGUCGACUGCAGACCCCUCGCCGGACUCGUCAGCUGCCAAUGUCCCGUCUGUUUCCACAGCUGCCAACGACCUGUCUGUCCCCGCAGCUAUCCACAACCCUCCUGUCCACGCAGCUGCCUAUGUCCGGUCCAGCAACUGCUAA